AUGUCAAGUGGGCUUCAUCGAUCUUCGAGUGCUUGUAUCAAACUGGCGAAAGGUAAAGUGGGAGUUCAUAGGCGCUCUUCUAACUGGGAGGACUUUGGCGUCCUUGCAACCACAACACUAGCUACAUCUAUGGCAGCAAGACAAGGCCCCGUACCUAUGGCCGGUCAUCAGAUUUGUUUUCAAGUUUGGAUGGCUUUAUCUUUGCUUAACGAUGCUUUAGCACUUGCCGGCCAGACUCUCCUUGCUAGUGAUUAUUCCCAAGGGAAUUAUGGUCAAGCAAGCAAAGUGGCUUACAAAGUUCUGCAGAUUAGUAUGGUAAUGGGAGUAGCAUUAGCAGUAAUUUUGUUCUCCAGCUUUGAUGCACUGUCCAGCUUAUUCAGCACAGACUCAGGAGUUCAGAAAAUUGCCAGAUCUGGGACCUGGGAAAGAAAACGUUAUUCUGGAAAAUUUUCUUCUUGA